CCUUCGUUGGACAUUUACCUAGCAGUAGCGUUGAGACAUUGGGACAUGACAAAUGGCCCGUACCGUAUCGUAAUCCAGCGACUAGUCUGCCCAGAUCAGAAGCACCCCACGCCGGUACUUUCCGUAUCACCCCUGUAACGUAACUUACACCGGCCGGCCAUUCCUCCACAGCCCUCGACUCCUUGCCUUCAACUGUCAACUUCAACUGAUUCCUUCGGCUGGCUGCCAACUGUGCCUGAAUCACAACACAGCCGAACAGAACAUCUACAACUACCCGGCUGCAAAAGCUCCGUUUGCCUAGCCAUCUCUUCGAAGAGCGCUGCCAUCUCCCCGCCGUCCCCUCGAAUCCACGCCGUGCCCUGCCCUCAUCCUCUCGCUCCCAUAGCGCUUACGCAGCAACAGCGAUUUGUAUCUCAGUCCACCUGCAUGUUCACCAUUCGAUAACUACCCAGAGGGUGGUGUCUUUGUGCCCUAUUCCGCUCCCCUUCUCGGUUAACAUACGAAUGGAACCUUUCCUCUCUUCCUGACGAUACCACUUCCAUUAUUCGUAACCCCCUCCCCGGCUGCUGCGACGACAUAGAUAGGUUUGACAUCCUCUAGUUAUCCAAAUUCACAGACAUCCAACUUAUCCGUCCCCAAUCUCCAUUUCCUCGGCACCUUUCCACUACUGCAAAUUAAAAUAUUAUCCGUCGCAGUGGAACGGCCAGUGAACCUUUCGUGGCUGGCCAAAAUCGGAGAUAUUAUCGACCGUCUAAUCAAAUUCGCUUUUAACAAGGGGGUAUAUCAGACGAGUAAUCGGAGUGGAGGCCAAGGAAAGCAACUAUGGGAUUUCUAGGGGUCUACACUGCGGUGUAUGAUUAUACGCCGCAGGCGGAAAAUGAGCUUGAAAUACGUGAAGGGGAUUUGUUAUAUGUAAUGGACAAGAGCGCCGAGGACGAUUGGUGGAAGGCGAAAAAGAAGGCCGCAGCGGACGAUGAGGAAGAACCAGUUGGAUUGGUGCCAAAUAAUUAUGUUGAGGAGGCGCAACCGAUCAGCAAAGCAAAGGCUCUUUACGAUUAUACCCGCCAAACGGAUGAAGAAGUGUCGUUCGCGGAGCACGCUGAGCUCACUGUCUACGACACAUCGGACCCGGACUGGACCUUGGUGGGCGUUAACAAUGAUUUUGGCUUCGCGCCUGCCAAUUAUAUUGAGAUAACGGAGGAUAUUGCGGCCAACCGACCAACCCGGACAGCCCCUCCUUCACUUCCGGCGAGAUCGGUUGAGACAGAGUCCGAGGGAGCAUUAACACCAGCAUCCCCCUCCAGCACGGAUGCGAGUCCCGCGGCUGCAUUAGCUGGAAUCCUCCACAAAAGCCAGCCCUCGGUAUCGUCGGAACAGCCUCGUCCUGUUCCCUCUCCUCCAGAAGCAUCCUCCGCACGGCAACCAACCCGACAACCAACUUACACCCCAGAGGAAUCAGACGGAGAAGAUUCUACACCGCCACCAGCUCUUCCACGACGUCACCCGUCUCAGCAAAUUACCCCAUCCCCCAAGUUACCUUCCCCACGCGAUACCUCUCCACCGCGGCCAAAACAUGCUCCUCUUCGCGAGGAGGAACCCUAUGGCGUCCAGCCGUCUCCACCUUACAGAUCUAGAGAGUUCCGUGAGCAACGAUCCGCGAUUUCUCCAUCCGGAUACCAUAUUUAUAAUAUUAGCGAAAUGGUUUCCGUAAUGGGGAAAAGAAAAAAGAUGCCGACGAUACUAGGGAUCAAUAUGCACACGGGAACAAUUUUUAUUUCGCCAGAGAAGUCUGUUGAUGGGCCACAUCAGGAGUGGACGGCUGAUAAACUUACUCACUAUUCGAUUGAAGGAAAGCACGUAUUUCUGGAUCUUAUCCGGCCUAGCAAAAGUGUUGAUUUUCAUGCUGGCGCAAAGGAUACCGCCAACGAGAUUGUUUCCGCACUAGGCGAGAUUGCUGGUGGAUAUAAGGCUGAAGGCCUUAGAGAAGUAAUUGCGGCUGGUACUGGAGGCGCUCGGAAAAAGGGCCAGGUCUUGUAUGAUUUUAUGGCUCAAGGAGACGAUGAAGUCACCGUUGCCGUGGGUGACGAGGUUAUUAUCCUAGACGACAGCAAGUCAGACGAGUGGUGGAUGGUUAGGCGCUUGAAAAACGGCAGGGAAGGCGUCGUUCCCAGCAGCUACGUGGAACUGACUGGAGUGAUGACGGUAGACGAACCCAGCAGAAGGGGUACGAAUGCGGGACUGUCCACAAUUGAACAAAAUAGGCUUGAGGAAUCGCGGCUGACGAAGGAGACUGCACGGAAGUCAAAGAGCCAUGGUUCCAGUGACUCGCGUGGCGGAGAGCGACAAAAGCGCGAUAGCAGGUCAAAACCAAAACCGGAUCCCUUGAAAACGCGAAAGUGGACCGACAGGACUGGAACCUUUACUGUUGUAGCCGAAUUCAUCGGGCUUGCCGAGGGUAAAAUUCAUCUUCAUAAGCAGAAUGGAGUGAAAAUUGCCGUCCCCGUAUCGAAAAUGUCUGUCGAUGACCUCGAAUACGUUGAGACGGUUACUGGCCAAUCUCUCGACGAAGACAAACCACUUUCCCACAUCCGACGUCGAAGCCGCCUUAACGACGCUGGGAAAGUCGGUGCAAGCGUAAAAUCAAAUGAGUAUGACUGGUUUGACUUUUUCCUCAAGGCUGGUGUCGGGCCUCACUUGUGCGAACGUUACGCCCAGAACUUUAACAAGGAUUCUAUGGAUGAGAGCGUUUUGCCGGAUAUCACUACAGAAACACUACGUACCCUAGGUUUGAAGGAGGGAGAUAUUUUGCGCGUCAUGAAAUAUCUCGAUAAUCAGUUUAAUCGUACUGGCAAAUCUAAAAUGGUCAGCUUCGGUGGGGAAGAAGUGAUUGGUAACGGCCAAGACGGAGCUGGUGGGCUGUUUUCAGGUCCUGGAGGAGCUCUCCGCAACAAUACCCGCAAGGGUCGUCCGGCUCCCGCCGUCCAGACUAGCGACGUAGUGGAUCCGAAGGCUUUUGAAGGUAAAACUGAUUCGGCCAAACCUAGUUCACCGAAAGCUGCCCCUGAAUCUACUGGCCCUGAGAAAGAUAAAGUUUCGCAAGGAUUUGAAGAUAGCGCGUGGGAAGUUAAGCAUCCUCAACAGACUGCUGUCUCGAUUGCCCCAUCAACUACCCCAGCUCCCGCAGCUACCACACAGACAGCGCCGGCGACACAGCCAGAACCUGCACCUCCUGUAGGAGCGUUGGCAGACUUGUCCCUCCUCUCAACUCCUCUCCAACCAACUAAGGUUCAACACCCACCUUCUCUGCCUCAGCCUGCGCAACCCCCUAUUUCUCAACCCCCACCGCAAAUUCAGCAGCCGCAGCAAACUGGAGCAAAUCCGUCUUUCUUUGCCCAGCUGGGCCAGCACCAACAGCAACAACCUCAAGCAACUUUCCAACCCCAGGUGACUGGAUACGUUUCACAGCUACAACCAAUGCCCCCAAGACAGCGACCACAGCCACCGGCAAUGUCGACUCAAGGAUCUCUUCUUCCACCCCCACCAGAUCGACCCCUAUCAGCACCCCAACGCCUCCCGCAAAACAGCGGUUUUGGUCCUCCUCCUAUACAACCCCAACUCACUGGCCUCCCGCCUUCGACGCCUAACAUUGCUCCACCUGGCCACAGCCUUGCAGAGCUUAAUCAGCAGCGGUUCCAGCCACAAUUCAACCAGCAACCACAACCACAGCAAACCGGCAUGGGCUCAUUUGGAAACCAGAUGUCACCACCACUACCACAACAACAACAGCACUAUGGGUUCCAGUCUCCACAAUCAUUCAUGAACGGGCCGCAGCAGACCAUGGACCAGCAACAAGGAUUCCAACAGCCACUAAUGCCGCAGCAAACUGGGUUCCCGGGUUUCCAACCGCAACAGCAGCAGCCCAUUCAACCUAUGCAACCCAUGCAGCCCAUGCAGACUGGUGUCAAUUCGGCUCUUUCCCAGUCAAUGCACCCGCAGCGCACUGGUGUGAAUGGAUUUGGAGGCGAUACCAGCUUUACCCCUUCCCCGCCCCCUAUUCCGCCGAUCCCGCAGCAGCCUAGUAUUGCUCCGCUACAGCCACAGAAAACAGGGCCUCCGCCUCCCGUUCGUUUCGGCGUGCAAAAGGAUGUGAAGCUCACGCCGCAACAAACCGGGCUCAAGGCAAAUCUCUCACAGGCCACACCAUCCAACCCAUUUGGAUUUUAAACCUCCUAAUAUAUCUCCUCUAUAUAUAAUAAUGUUUUUUUAAUUUUCUAUAAAUCAUCUUCACUUCGUCUCACGACAACAUGUCUACUCCGAAGAAAACGAAUUCCAGUGAGUGAUCUUAUCGUCGCGAAUCUCGGAAACAGCCAUCCAAUCAUCACAGUCGGCUCAACCUUUAACCAUCGCCAUCCAGCGUUUCCAUCCAUUAGGUAACCCCUUUCUAGCAUCAUCCUUGCACAAAGUAAAUGAGUUUGCCAGCUAGAAUGCCUUCCUGCCCUCUAUCUUUCAUAUGUUUCAUAUUCGUUCUCGCUGAAUUCCCAGAAAGAAAUCUUGCGUAUUUUGGCACAUGUUUCGCAUUGGAAUGUUUUCUUUCCCUUCUAAUCCUAUCUUCCUAGUUCCUGAUUUCCUUACACUACAUCAUUUUCAUUAUUACAUUAUAUUUACGUCUUGUCUCUCUGUUGUUGAAAUUCCUUCCCUGUCUUCCAUUCCUCUCACUUCCGUUUUUGCAUGCCAAUUCCGUUUCUGUUUUAUGGCCUCGUGUGUUUUGAACAAAUCAGUGCUAUUACUUUCUUCAUUUUCCCCUGUCAUUUAAUUUUAUCUAUCUGAGCCAGUUUUUUUAUCUUUCGCUCACAGCGUCCUCUUUCUUCCUCGCCCUUUUUUACAAUUUUUUGAGUAGGUAGCUAGCCUUUUAAGUGGAAAGAUUUUUGCCAACGAUUUUUUUCUUUUAUUCCUUUUAAACUUUCCCUUAAGUCUGAGCUCCCUCUGAUUUCGUUGUGCCUUGUCUUCCAGAGGGUGUUCUGCUACAUGUUGCUGAGAUUGCAAGUAAAAGCAAUAAAUCGUUCCGAUCCUCGUUCUACGCCAGCCAGUGGCUAGUUUGUAGAAUAUUUAUACUAAGAUCUGGAUCAGUUAUAUCCGCAGGGGGGUUGGACACUGCUCCUUUCUUGUUACCUCGACUGUUAGAAAACUAAUAAAGCACAGCAUACCUGAUCAUGAUCUCCGGUUGACGUGGCAUGGCGGAAAUAAAGGAAGGUUACCAAGGUUGAUGAUAUGUGUCAAUUUAAAUAAAUAUGGACGGAUAAUUCACAUAGGAAUAUAGAAAAAUGAAGCAUGAACUAUAGAUAUAUAUAUAGAUCAACAUCGUCG